CUGAUGAAGAUCACAGAGAACUUCCUGAGGAGAAUGAAGCAGGAGGAGCUGGCUGAUCAACUGCAGAGCAUUUGUUGUAAUCAAGUCCAAUCUGGGUUGAAGAAGAAGUUCCAGUGUGUGUUUGAGGGAAUCGCUAAAGCAGGAAACCCAACCCUUCUGAAUGAGAUCUACACAGAGCUCUACAUCACAGAGGGAGGAACUGGAGAGCUGAAUGAAGAACAUGAGGUCAGACAGAUUGAAGCAGCAUCCAGGAAAGCAGACAGAGCAGAAACAAGCAUCAGACAAGAAGAGCUCUUUCAACUCCCAGCUGGAAGACAAGAACCAAUCAGAACCGUGAUGACAAAGGGAGUGGCUGGCAUCGGGAAAACAGUCUUAACACAGAAGUUCACUCUGGACUGGGCUGAAGGCAAAGCCAACCAGAACAUCCACUUCAUAUUUCCAUUCACUUUCAGAGAGCUGAAUGUGCUGAAAGAGGAGAAGUUCAGCUUGGUGGAACUUGUUCAUCACUUCUUCCCUGAAACCAAAGCAGCAGGAAUCUCCAGCUUUGAAGACUUCCAGAUCAUCUUCAUCUUUGAUGGUCUGGAUGAAUGUCAACUUUUUCUGGACUUCCACAAGACUUGGAUCCUAAAUGACCCUAGAAAGUCCACCUCAGUGGGUGAUCUGCUGACAAACCUCAUCAGGGGGAACCUGCUUCCCUCUGCUCGCCUCUGGAUAACCACACGACCUGCAGCAGCCAAUCAGAUCCCUGCUGAGUGUGUUGACAUGGUGACAGAGGUCAGGGGGUUCAAUGAGCCACAGAAGGAGGAGUACUUCAGGAAGAGACUCAGAAAUAAAAGGCAGUCCAGAAGCAUCAUCUCCCACAUCAAGAGAUCCCGGAGCCUCCACAUCAUGUGCCACAUCCCAGUCUUCUGUUGGAUCACUGCUACAGUUCUGGAGGAUCUGCUGAAGAGAAGAGAGGGAGGAGAGCUGCCCAAGAGCCUGACUGAGAUGUACAUCCACUUCCUGGUAGUUCAGGCCAAAGUCAAGAAGAUCAAGUAUGAUGGAGGAGCUGAGACAGAUCCUCACUGGAGUCCAGAGAGCAGGAAGAUGAUCGAGUCUCUGGGAAAACUGGCUUUUGAGCAGCUGCAGAAAGGAAACCUGAUCUUCUAUGAAUCCGACCUGACAGAGUGUGGCAUCGAUAUCAGAGCAGCCUCAGUGUACUCAGGAGUGUUCACACAGAUCUUUAGAGAGGAGAGAGGACUGUACCAGGACAAGGUGUUCUGCUUCAUCCAUCUGAGUGUUCAGGAGUUUCUGGCUGCUCUUCAUGUCCACCUGACCUUCAUCAACUCUGGAGUUAAUCUCAUGGUGGAAGAUCAGAAGACGUCAGUCCAGUUCUACCAGAGUGCUGUGAACAAGGCCUUACAGAGUCGAAAUGGACACCUGGACUUGUUGCUCCGCUUCCUUUUGGGUCUUUCACUGCAGACCAAUCAGAUACUCCUACGAGGUCUGCUCACACAAACAGAAAAUAGCUCACAGACCAAUCAGAAAACAGUCCGGUACAUCAAGGAGAAGAUCAGUGAGAAUCUGUCUGCAGAGAAAAGCAUCAACCUGUUCCACUGUCUGAAUGAACUGAAUGAUGGUUCUCUAGUGGAGGAGAUCCAACAGUUCCUGAGUUCAGGACGUCUCUCCACACAUGAACUGUCUCCUGCUCAGUGGUCAGCUCUGGUCUUCAUCUUACUGUCAUCAGAUGAAGAUCUGGAAGUGUUUGACCUGAAGAAAUACUCUGCUUCAGAGGAGGCUCUUCUGAGGCUGCUGCAAGUGAUCAAAGCCUCCAACAAAGCUAUGUAA